CGCACCACACCUCCUUUUCCCCUUCCUCACUUAAGAGAAUAAGAGCUCAUCGGAGACACAAACGCAAACCAACCGAUCAAACUGCCAGCUAGCCAUGGGCAAGGACUGCGGCAACCACGGGGGCGACCACCUCCGGAACGGCUGCCGGCGCCUGCUGGCCGUGACCCUGAGCCUGGCCUUCACCGUCGCCGUCAUCGCCCUCAUCGUCUACCUGGUGCUCCGCCCAACCCACCCGCACUUCUCCCUCCAGGACGGCUCCCUCCGGCAGCUCGAGCUGUCCAACUCCUCGGGCCUCCUCUCCACCUCCCUCCAGGUCACCGUCGCCUCCCGCAACCCCAACGACCGCGUCGGUGUCUACUACGACCGCCUCCACGUCUACGCCUCCUACAAGUAUCAGCAGAUCACGGUCGCCGCCUCGCUCCCGCCGGUCUACCAGGGCCACGGCGACGUCGACGUAUGGUCGCCGGUGCUCGACGGGCCCAACGUCCCCUUGGCACCCUACCUUGCGAGCACCAUCUCCCAGGACUGCCUGGCUGGCCAGCUCAUGCUCCAUGUCAAGAUAGACGGCCGCGUCAGGUGGAAAGUCGGCAGCUGGAUCUCCGGCCACUACCACCUCUUCGUCACCUGCCAGGCCUUCCUCACCGGCGGCGGCGGCGGCGGCGGCAACGGCGCAUCAGGGGCCAGCGGGUUCAAGUUCCACAAAACCAAUGGAUGCCGCGUAGAGGUCUAGUCGCCGGUGAGAGGUUUCUUCUUGGAUUGUGUCCAUAGUGACCGCACAGGCACAGAUCGGUGUUAAUAAUUACUCUAUUAUGUGUGGUUAAUUAUAAGUGUAAAGCUGGGGUGCAUGGUUUACCGUUUACGUAGGGCAAGUUAACACGGUGCUUUAUAUGCCGCCUUCAUAGCAGGUUACUCUUCUGUUACUGUUACACAAAGGUUAAUUGUCAA